UAAAGUAUCGUAUAUUUAUCUGUUUUACAGUUGAAUGAGAAUCCAUAUUUAUAUGACAAUCAUAUAGAGCUGAUAAAGAAUUUGAGAGAACUGGGAGAUCUGGAUAAAUUACGUGCUGCCAGAGAGAAGAUGAGUGAUAUAUUUCCAUUGACUGAAGAACUAUGGCUUGAAUGGUUACAAGAUGAAAUUGGACUUGUAUCUGAUGAUGCUGGUAGAGAAGAAGUAAUAAAGCUGUUUGAAAAGAGUGUCAAAGAUUACCUGUCUGUACCACUCUGGCUUGAAUAUGUUCAGUUCUCUAUUGGUGGUAUGGGAGAAGAAGAUGGUGUAACCAGAGUCAGGGAAGUGUUUGAUAAAGCACUUACAGCUUGCGGACUUCAUGUAACCAAGGGAGACAACCUAUGGGAGGCGUACAGAGAGUUUGAGAAUGCUAUCCUAGCUGGCUUGUUGCCUGCGCCAGGCAGUGUACCUACCAAGGAGCAGGAGGAUAAAUUCACUGAGCAACAUGACAGAGUUCAGUCCCUUUUCAAAAGACAUCUGACUGUACCUUUACAGAAUUUGGAGGAAACAUUUGAGGAGUAUAAAGACUGGAUACAGGAGGAUCCUGACAAAUUUACCAAACAACAAUAUAAUAAAGCCCUGAUUAAACUAGAGAAAGUGAAACCUUAUGAAGCAAAACUGGCAUCAGCAGAUCCCCCGAGACUGGAAGAAUAUCAGGACUAUAUAAAGUAUGAGGAGAAAGAAGGAGAUCCAGCCAGGAUACAGUGUCUAUAUGAGAGAGCUAUACAAGAAAACUGUCUCAACUCAACUAUUUGGUUACAGUACACUAAAUAUCUUGAUCAUACAUUGAGAGUGCCACUUAUUAGUACAAAUGUUUACGAGAGAAGCGUUAGAAAUUGUCCUUGGUGUGUACAGCUCUGGCAGAAUUAUAUUCUCACGCUUGAAAGGUCAGAGCAAACAUAUGAAAAGGUGAAAGGUGUAUUUGAGGCGGCUAUAAUAUCAGGAUUUUCACAAGGCAGUGAAGUGUUAGCUUUAUGGACAACAUUUGUAGACUAUUUAAGGAGGAGAAUAAAAUGGGAUGAAGAGCAUGGAGAAGAAUUGGAAACGUUCAGACUAUCAAUGGAAAAAGCUGUUGAACAGUGUGAUUAUUAUGGGUCAGAAGGAGAUCCAAAUGGUACUUUACGACAGUUCUGGGCCAUUAUUGAAGCUAAGUUUUGUAAAAACCUUGAGAAGGGGCGAGAGUUAUGGGCAGAGAUAAUGGCUACAGGGCGAGCAAACGAGGCAGCUCUGUGGAUGGAAUACUUCAGAUUUGAAAGGACAUAUGGGGACAACAAACACUGUCGAAAAGUAUUACAAAGGGCACUUAACUCUGUCACAGAUUGGCCUGAAUCAAUAGUGGAUGCUUAUAUAAACUUUGAGAGAUUAGAAGGAAACUUGGAGCAGUAUGAACAGGCUAUUAGUAAAUGUGAGGCACAAAUGGAGAGAAUUAAUGAAAGAAGAGAAAAGACCCAGCAAGCUGAAUCAAGUCAACACGAACAAAAGAAGAAAUUUGACAAGAAAGGUCAGCAAAAGUUUAAAGGCAAACAGAAACCUGGAAAGUUUCAGCAGAAACAACAAUCUUAUCCUAAACAACAACAACAACAGCAGCAACAACAACAAAUAAGUGAUAUAAAACCUUACAAAAGAAAGAAUCAAUUGGUUAAAGAGGAGGCUAUGGAUACAUCAGAAGAUGGCUUUAAAAUUCCUGAGCCAAUGUCUGCAAAAGUUACCAAGUCUUCAGCCCCUCCUCCAGGGUUUAAAGGAGAAAAAUCAGCCCCACCCCCAGGGUUUAAAGGAGAAAAAUCAGCCCCACCCCCAGGGUUUAAAGAAGAAAAAUCUGCCCCUCCCCCAGGAUUUAAAGAAGAAAAAUCUGCCCCUCCCCCAGGGUUUAAAGAUCAGUCGACUCCGCCCCAAGGAUCUAAGCGACCAAAUGAAGAAGACGAUACUUCUCCUGCUAAGAGAAUAAAAACAGAAUUAGAGAGCAGUGAUAUUUCUCCUGUAGAUAACAGUAAAGAUAACAGGACUAUAUUCCUAAGUAAUUUAUCCUUCGAUGUGGACGAGGACCAAAUCAAGAAGUUCUUUGAUAAGUGUGGAGCAAUAGAAGAAAUUAGAUUAAUAAAAAACUUUAAGGGCAGAUCAAAGGGUUUUGCAUAUAUAGAAUUUUCUGACCAGCUGGCAGUUAGUAAUGCUUUAACAUAUGACAGGACACCAAUGGAAGGUCGACCUAUGUAUGUGUCAAAGUUCAAGGCCAAAGGUGAACCAACAAAGCAAGAAUUUAAGUAUGCUACAGAACUGGAGAAAAACAAGUUAUUUAUCAAAAAUCUACCAUUCGCAUGUACAGAGGAGGCAUUGAUGACACUCUUUUCACAGCAUGGAGAAGUGAAAAAUGUCCGUCUUGUAACUUAUAGAAGUGGAGCACCCAAAGGACUUGCAUAUGUUGAGUUUGUAGAUGAGCAAAAUGCAGCUGCAGCUGUGAUGAAGACUGAUGGAAUCAAAAUAGGAGAACAUGAGAUCUCUGUUGCUAUUAGCAACCCUCCAGUGAGAAGAGCUCCAUUCACACAGAGGGAGGAGUCUUCUUUUAUUCCCUCCCUUGGUGGGGGAAAGAAAGAGAGCCAGAGCCGCCAUGCAAGGACGCAAGUAAUGUUGAUGCCAAGGUCAGUAACGAAGAAACAAUCUCAAACAAAAUCUGCAAACUCUUCAUCUACAUUGAUAAAAAAUGAAAGCUCUUCAGAGACACUGAAUGAAUCUAAAAAUAACCCAAAGACUUCUGGAAUGAGUAAUAGUGAUUUUAGAAGUAUGUUGCUUAAGAAGUGAAUUACAGACAGGAAGUUCUGUGGAAAAAAAAACAUAUAUUUGCCAAGUAAAGGUGAUAUUCAUUUAUAAAA